AUGACGACGACGAGCUUACCAAGGGUUCCCGAGGGUCUAAGGGACCUAAUGAAGGUCUACACCAAGGAAGUGUUACGUGAGAAACCUACAGAUCUUUAUGAGUUUUCUGCAAAGUUUUUCAACUUGAUAGUUGCGGAAAAAUCGCAUCAAGUUGUGCGAAAAUAUGAACCGGUUCAGACUUACGAAACCAUUAUGAAAAAUCGCAUAAGACAGCAGGUGCCUAUCUCAAUGGUGUUCAAUAUAAUACCCGAAACACUCACCGACCUGAUUAAGAAGUUUAUAAAAGCAGUUCUGCGAGAAAAACCUGAAAAUAUCUACAUUUUCGCACAGGAAUACUUUCAAAGGCUCUCGAAGGAAAAGUCCGGCCGUAUCGAGUAUACUAAAUAUUCGACAUACGAAAAGUCAAUUAAGGACAAAGAGAACAUUGCUCCUGUUUCGAAGGUGACUUGCGAAUGUGGCCGAGUGCUAAGUGCACAAAGCAAGGAUCUUGGAAAGGCAGUAUCCACUGAAACUACAAAACUAGACACUGACCAGACUACCCUAUCAAAUAGCAUUAGCUAUGUGAAAUCGGUUGUCAUUAUUCAACGCCAUUUCCGUCGAUAUCUGAAGCAAAAGAAAAUAGGUCGUGAGAAAAAUAAGUGCAAUAGCGUGGAAUACAUGACAGCCAUCAUUUUAAUUCAACGACAAUUCCGUCGCGUUUUGGCCAAGAGGCGAGUCGAAAAACUUAAGAAGUCACGGCCUGGCCAACUAUCCUACGUUAAGUUCAAUGCAGCUAACUAUAUGAAAGCCGUGGUCGUCAUUCAGCGACACUAUCGUAUAUAUUUAAAAAGGAAGCAGGAGCAAAAUCGAUUGAAAAACGGCCCAGUUUCCUUAGCGACAGCCGCUAUUAUAAUCCAGAGAGCCUUCCGCAGGAUGGUGGCUGUUAGAAGGGCCAGGAGAACGACAUCCGUGACCGCAGAUCCCGGAGAGGAGCUCAACGACAAUGCCUCCGAGACCGGUUCCUACACAUCCGUAUCCACGGCUCUCCUCUCAACGGAAUCGACCGAGCUGGGAAUCGCAAGUUACGAGGAAAAAGUUCACCAGAAAAUAAUUCACGAGGAUGAGGAAGUGGAGAACAAUAACGUAGAUGCCAGACUGGAGAAGGAGUAUUUUGCGGAACCCAUUAAAGGCGAUGAGAAAUCGAUGGACUCAAGGAAUCGAGAAAUACUAGGCAUAAACUCUAAGGAUAGCAUCGAAAGAGAAAAGGAACUUAUUAAAGACUUAUCUGGAAAUGAGACAGAGAAGCCGCUGAUGUCGGUAAUCGAAGAUGAAUUUACAGCAAGUAAAGACAGUAAACAACAAGGAUCUAAAAAUGAAACUACAAACAACAGUGAAGAAUUACAUCAGGAAAACGAAGAAAUCGUUGCAAGUGAUGCAGAGAAGCCAGCAGAAAUUGAAGAUGAAUUUACAGCCAUCAAAGCUGGAGAAAAACAGGAUUCUUCUCCAGAAACUGAAUUAAAAACUAAAAAUCAAAGUUUUGAUCUACAGCAGGAAACGGAAGAUGAACUAAGAACUAUUAAAACUAGCAUUGAAGAACUACAAUUGGAAGUUAAAGGUGAUCCGGAAGCGGAAAGCGAAGUGACAGCUAAUCCUGAAGACGAUGUCGAAGAUUCGCUAAAGUCAGAAGAUGUGGUCCCAGAAGACAAUGCGUUACCUCCUAAUAAAGUUGAAAGAACUGAAAGUAAUGAUAUAAAGGAACUUGCUUCCAAAGAUAUAGAAGAUAUUCCAAUAAUACAAGAUGAAGUCAAAAAUAAUGGUAAAGACAACGAUAUUCUAAUCAAAGAAACAAUAUCGUCGGCUAAAAUUAAAAGCUCUGAAAGCCAAGAAAUUACAGAAAAACCCAUUGAAUCAAAAGUUUCUCCUAAGGUUUCCAUAGAAAUUGAACUUGUCGAUGAUAUGCUAGACGAGGAUCUCCCUGAUAGUAAUGCAGUUAAUUCCGGAAACGGUUUAUCAGAUGUUGAUCCCUUGGAAGAACAACCUAGAAGUAUGCCCACCGUUGAGAUAGAUAGUUUAAAAACUGUGUUAGCCAAUCACAAUCGAGAAGUCCGAGAACAAGAAUCUUCUAAAGAAACUUUCCCCGGCGAAGAUGCUGAUAAAAUUGAAGAUAUUGAAAAACCAGCUGAAAUCGAUACUCAAGAGGAUGAAAUUUCUGCUGCAAGCAAUUCCAGAAAUAAACAGAAGGACGACUCCGUCAUUAAAAGAGAAAAGAGAAGCCUGGAUGAUACAGAAAAUAUUUUAACUUGGCCUCAAAUGGAGAACAUAGAAACCCAGGAAAUUUUAAAUAAGCCGGAAGAGGAAACCCCUGUCAUGGCAGAAGAAAAAAGCAGCAUUGAAGUUACCGAAACCCAAUCAAAUUUAGAAGACCAGGAUUCCUCAGCCAAACCGAAAAAUGAAACUUCUUCUCUGACUAAGGAAAAAAUUAGCAUUGAUGAAACAGAAAGUGAUUCAAAAAAAUUGAGCUUAGAAGCUAUAAAUCCAGACGACCCAGAUUCAGAUAUAAAUGAAAUCGAUCAGAAAGAAAACUCUAAAGGAGAAGAGCAAAAAGUAAUUUCAAGAGCAGCAUCGGAAACUGUUUCGGAAAUGGAAUAUAAGAAUAAAGAGGAAGUAGUGACUAAAACGGAAAUAAAAGAUCUCGUAGACGCCGAAACUGGAGAAAUUACAAUAUACAAACCAGUAGAAGAAAUUACUGACCCAUUAAAGCAAGAAAUUCCUACAGAUCAAGCGCCCCAAGCAGAUCAAAAGAUUGAAGUGGAGACUGAACCUAGUGUCCUUGAUGGAAUAAGUAGUACAGAAACUUCAGAUUUGAAAGAGACUAAACUAGAAGAAGGUGGAAUAAUUAAUCAUUUAGAUGAGGCCGUGGGUCUUUUAAUGGAACCCAAAGCUGGCCAAAAGCCAGAAACUAUCGAAAUCAGUCCAGCAGAGUCCACCAGUUCAGUUAACAUAACCAAUAACAAUCUAGAACAAAAUCUUGAAGAUGCUUUUGAUGCAUUAGAAGAACAGAAAAGUUUCGAGGAGGACAAAAAACUUGCACACCAAGAAAUCAUGCCAAUUGGUUUGGAUCUCCCGGAAGUCCAAGAUAUAGCUGCAACUGGUGGUAAUAACGGUAAUAUCAAAAGUAAUUCAAUAGAUAAUACAAAUAUUGAACCAGUUAACUCUAAUCAAGAAGCAAAUACUGAUAAAGCUACUGUAGAAGAUGAAAAUAAAAACACAGAAAGUGCUAUAAUUUCUGCCAACAAUGUAUUUGGGGAAGAUACUCUGAACUUAUCAAUGCAACCCGCCGAAUCAGAAGGUUCGAAAUGUACCCUAGACCCAAUUGUAGAAUCGGGUAGUCAAGCUGAAGAAGAAAAAGUUACUGAGACGACAGAAAAGCCUACAACUGACAAAACCAAGAGAUGUACAGAAAGCGAUGUAGAAGAUCCUACCUCAGCAGAUCAUGAGGCCGUGGGUCUUUUAAUGGAACCCAAAGCUGGCCAAAAGCCAGAAACUAUCGAAAUCAGUCCAGCAGAGUCCACCAGUUCAGUUAACAUAACCAAUAACAAUCUAGAACAAAAUCUUGAAGAUGCUUUUGAUGCAUUAGAAGAACAGAAAAGUUUCGAGGAGGACAAAAAACUUGCACACCAAGAAAUCAUGCCAAUUGGUUUGGAUCUCCCGGAAGUCCAAGAUAUAGCUGCAACUGGUGGUAAUAACGGUAAUAUCAAAAGUAAUUCAAUAGAUAAUACAAAUAUUGAACCAGUUAACUCUAAUCAAGAAGCAAAUACUGAUAAAGCUACUGUAGAAGAUGAAAAUAAAAACACAGAAAGUGCUAUAAUUUCUGCCAACAAUGUAUUUGGGGAAGAUACUCUGAACUUAUCAAUGCAACCCGCCGAAUCAGAAGGUUCGAAAUGUACCCUAGACCCAAUUGUAGAAUCGGGUAGUCAAGCUGAAGAAGAAAAAGUUACUGAGACGACAGAAAAGCCUACAACUGACAAAACCAAGAGAUGUACAGAAAGCGAUGUAGAAGAUCCUACCUCAGCAGAUCAAAAAAUAGAAAAUGAGGAAAAUAGAAUUUUACAAUCUCAUGAAAAACUUAAGGAAACCGUUCCACUCGAGCCAGAAACCCUUUCACUCGAAGAGACCAGAAAAGAUUCUUUAGAGGCCGAGGAAUCGGAAGCAUCAGAUAAAUUAAAGAAUAAGCCAGUAUCUAUUGAACAAAGUCGCGAAGACUCUGAUACCAUUUUAUUGGAUACGGAAGAUAAACUAAUGUCAACUUCAUUGGACAAGACACCGUCUUUGGAAAGUUUUAAAAACAAUGAAAAACGAGCUGAAGAUUGUUCCGGUGCAGACCCUGCCCUUCCAAUGGUGCCAGUAUUAGAGGCAAAUCAGACGACUUCUUUAAAUGAAACAGAUGAAGAACCCUUACCAAAAGAUAGUGAUAAUGCUGAGAAAUCCUCAAUACCUAUAAGUAUUUCUGGCAGUCCUAAAAAUAGUGAAUAUUCCAGAACCAAAGACGAUGAGUCUAUUGCUAUGAAUGAAACCAGUCUUGGCAAUGUUAAGUCCAAAGAUAUUUCUGAAAGUCUAGAAGAAACAAAACCUGGAACCGAUUUGGGGAAAGGGGAUUCAGUUGAAGGUCCCAUUGCAACCCAGGUUAAUGAUCAAACCAAACCAGAAGAAUCCGAAGUCUCGAAAAUUGAAGAUGGUAAUCAAACUUCCUCUCUGGAAAAUACAACCACUCCCACAUCCAAUGAGAAGGCCCUCACAAGUGCUCCAUCCCAACCCGAAAAAAACUCUUCAUUGCUUGUAACUAAUCAAUUAAUUGGCACCCAAAAUUUACCUACUAACCGUAAUGAGAUUGAAAAGAACACCAAGAAGUUGUCUAGCGCAAGCGUAAAAGAUAAAGAUAUUGGCACCUUGGCAUCGGGUCGUCUGGUGCCCACACCAAUUGCCGAGCUGCAGCUCAAGUCAUUCAAAGCUCCCAACGACGACGGUUCCUGGUAUGAUAUCUAUGUGGAGCCCAAGGUAUCGUCCAAUAAGGAUAUGGAAAACCCUCCACCAUUAGUUACACCUUCAACAGACCCAACUGAGAAACCCCAAGAAAUAACUCCCGAAAUGGAAUCCAUUGUGGUUGCUGAAAGAGUUCCCAGUUACUAUACACCCAAAGAAAUUAUUGAACCCAGUGCUCCAAAAGCUAAAAACUCCAUCUCAUUCUUUGUGUCCUUUGAUUCGGAUGAUGGCAAGCCCAAGUACAAAAUACCCAAAAAGUUUCGAGAUCAAACAAAAAGCGCUACUUUAGCAGAAAAAAAAAGUGACCCAGAGCCCGAAAAUAAUGAAGAUGAUAUCGAAGUUAUUGAAGUCUCGGAGGGAGAUCCCGAAUACCAACAGAUGGGUGGAUCAAAAUUGCAAACUAUAAUGGAACUUAAUGAAACCGAAUCAACAAAUGAAUGUAAUAAUGAAAGUUCCCCUUCACAUCUAGAAGUAACUGAGUCCUCAAGGGAUAUUAUUGUUAAGGAGCCUAGUGUUUCGGAAAGUGUUACAAGAUCAAAAGAUAAAAAUUUUGUGAACUCUUCAAAAAGUGAUACCGAUCAUUAUGAAUCAAUUUAUAAAACAGAUAUUCUGAACAUAACAAGAUCCGUUCAGAUCAUAGAAAGAACUUACAGGCGCUUUAAAAAUCGACGAUUACUAGACACUCAAGAAAGUAGCAAUUACCAAAACCAAAACGAGGCUGCUAAUAUAAUACAAAGGUGGUUUAGGGACCUUCAAAUGAAAAAGUCCUCAAAUGGAACCUCUGAUAUAUCUCAAAGGACUCGGGAAAGUCUUGCAGCCAGAAAAAUUCAAAGAGCUUAUAGAAGAUACAUUGAUAAAUCUAAAGAAAGUAAGUCAGAAAAAGAACUUUUCGAGGAGAAAGCAGAAAAGGAACAAAGAGCAGCACUUAUUAUUCAAAAGGCUUUUAGGGUUUAUUCUCAAAAAAUCUUGGCUAAAUCAAAAAAGCAAUCCUCAGACCAGAUGAACUUAAAGCAAAAUCAAGCUGCUAUAAAAAUACAAAGGGCUUAUAAAAGGUAUUUAAUGCAGGGAAAUAAGCCAAAAGUGCUUCUUGACUCUGAGUCAGAGGAAUCUAUUACAGUUUCCAAGACAACGGAAGUUGAUGCCAGUCCAAAAACGUUGGACUUGAACUCAGAUAAGCUUAUAGAGGAAGAGAAAACUCAGAGAGCUAAUUCUAGUACGGUAGACGAUUCACCAAGUUUGUCAGAAUUACGUCAGCAUCAAGCUGCUAAAAAAUUCAAAGGGCUUACAAAAGGUAUUUAAAAGUCCAACAAAUCAAUAGCGAGAUUUAACUCAGUGUCAGAGGAACCUAUAACAGUUUAUAAGUCAACGGAAGUUAAUGCUAUUCCAAGUUCAAACAAUCUGAAAGAGGAAACGAAUAUUCAGGAAGCUUAUUCUACACCAAGUCUAGAGUCUAGUCUUGCACAGGACUUGACAGGUUUGCCAGAAGUAAAGCAGCAUCAAGCUGCUGAAAAGAUUCAAAGGGCUUUUAGAAGAUAUUUAAAACAGUCCUUUAAAACAGAAAUUAAUGACAAAAAAUCCGAAGAAUCCAGAACUGCAGAGAAACCUGUACUUAAUAUAUCUAAAUCGUCUACAGCCGAUAGCGACCAAGCUGGGAGUGCUGCUCUUAUAAUUCAAAAAGCAUUCCGGCAAUAUAUGGAACGAAGAAAACUGGAAAAUCUUGAUGAGACCUCCCUCGAUUCUAUUACCAGUUCUCGCAUAACGGCCAUCGAGAACUCUAUGUGUCCAACUGACGGUACACCGUCCGAUAGUCUGAUCCAAGAGGAUAUCUUUAGCGAAGAUACGACGAAGAUCACUCCAAAAUCCGAGUGGUUUGUGGGAUCCACUCGCAUAGUACCAAGCCAGGGAGUCGUUGAAGAACCUAUUGAGCUAGACACCGAAUCGGAUCCGGCUGAAAUCACAAGUAAAACCGAGCUCGACACCAGCACGCAAGUAGAAUCAGUUGAAACAGUAGAUAGAUCGCAUGGCUCGCUUGAAUCAAAAUUAACUUCUGGUAUUAUCAGUUCCAAAAUCGAGAAUCAAGCCAAUACAUCUAAGCAGGAUAAUGCAGUCUCUUCUGGUUUAGCAGGUUUAACCGAGGCCCCUGAAGGCGGGGCUGGCUCCGCAGAGGAUCAUGUGCUUUUAUCGCAAUCCGAUCUUGGCGGAAUUUUUCAGCCUCUAGAUAUCGCAUCAACUCAAGAGCUAGUUAAUGAUUUCUUGAUGAACGAGAUUCGAUUUUCUUCUGCACAAGGACCUUAUCAGAAUGGAAACCAACUGCAAGAAGUUGUGGAGGAGCCCUGCAUCAAACGAUCAGCUUCACUUGUUAGCCUUUCUGAAGGUGAGACUGGAAAUGAUUCCUCGAAAUCGGAAGCUACAGGACUAGACACUCUAUCCGCGGAUACCAUAGACAAGGUCACUGUCAAGUUGUCAAAGCCCGAAGAAAUCAUUGAAAAAAUGGCACAGCUAAGAGAGUCUAGGUCCAGCGACAGAAUCCUUUCUGCAGAGCCCAGUUUCGAUGAACCCAUUGUGAGACCUAUGAGUUCCCUGCAGGAACAGGCCAGCUUGGACAUUGAGGAUGGAGAUAUUAUUGUAUACAACCGCCUUCAGCGGGACGAAACUCGAGAAAGCUCUGCCCAAAGUGAUUCGGUGGUCUUCGGAGAGGCAGAAUCCGAGAAGAUCCUAGACAAAGAACUUGCCACUGAAGAGGAGUCCGGAAGAGUGCAUCUGAUGAGGCAUUACACCAUCGCUGGAGAUGAUCCAAGAGGCCUCUUCCGAUCAGUGACCAUUGACGAUGCUCUGAGUUAUGGUGAAGUGGGCGAAAAGGAUCAAGAUUCGAGCCUUGGCAUAAACAGUACGAAUAGUUUUUACUUGGACGACGAAACCUCAGAGAACAUCCGCAAGAAAAUGAUGGCUUAUUCGCUAUCCGAAACGGAUUCCGAUUAUUUUGACCCCAAAAAGAUAAGCAAGGAGGACUUCGACAUAGACACGGCAAUGGCGGAUGCGAUGGGUACAUCCACGGAAACCGAAUCCACCAUUGUUUCUGCAGCCACAAAGAUCCAGGCGGGAGCACGAGGCUUCCUCACCCGGCGGAGGCUGCGUCGCGCAAGUGCUGGAACGAAAUCAUCAACCAUGGACACCAAAGCGUCCUUUGGCAACGAUGCGAUUAGCGAGUCCUUGGAACGAUUCAUCGAAGAGGAGGCAGCAAAGAAGAUACAAGCGGCAUACAGGGUCCAUACCCGCAAACGUAAGGGUAAGACCCGCCGGAUGGAGGGUAUCAGCUUGGAGAGCAAUCUGGCAGCCAGGCGUCAGAAGCUCCAACGAGGUGAUGCUCUACGAAAUGACUCGACUCCCGAUGAUGAGAACAGUGGGUCCACCAAUAGCGGACAGACUCAGAAGCUUCUGAAAAGCGAUAGGCGAACCAAGGCAAUGGGUGAGGCCAAGUCCAGAGCUGCCAUGGAAUUAAAAUGGUUAACUAUGAGGCAAAACUCAAUGCCAGUUCAGAUUGAUUGCGAAGUUUUCAGAGUCAUACCCAAGCACAUGCGAAAACGUAUAAAAAGCGCCGAGGCAGGCAAAAGAAAAUAAAUUAUUCGA